UACACUUCUUCAAAAAGCCGCCGGACGGACGACUGGGAAGACUGGGAAGACGACGAUGUUGUUACGCUGAUAGACGUCGACGAAACCCCGUCCGCUGAUAACUCCGACAAGAAGCUUCUUUUCAACAGCCCAUUUUUAAAUAUGAGCGCGAGCAGUUCCUCUGCGAAUACUCGCAGUCCAUCUCCCCUAUCCAUGAGGCGAUCAGCCGCCAAGGUCAACCGCCCAAUAUCAAGGAAGCCCCCAAAGCAACGAAAUGCAAAACUUGGAAUCAAGCUCAUCACGGACAUGACAAAGCUGAGACGUCAAAAUCACAUAGCCGGCCAGACAAAGUCGCCCGCAAGGCGAGCCCCAAAGUUUGUUGAUGCGGCUGCUCUAAGAGCUCUAGAGGGAUCUCCGAACCCACAGUCUGUUGGAAACUGGAAUUGGCUGAAGAAAGAUGAUGCGGAUCGUGUGGCUGAUUCUCCGCUUCAAGUCACUCGCUCUCCAGCGGAACAGCUUUCUCCAGAAGACAGACCAAUAGUCAUUGGAAUCACUCUACCCUCGGAUGAGGUGACAAGCCGAGGAAUCGAUCCUCUCACGGCAACAGUCAACAAUAUCGAUACCCCAAGUGGCGGCAUGAAAAAUCCAUACCCCUUUACAUUUCAAACUGCCAAUGACCGAACAAAUGGGCCCGCCGACUCUCAUCAGCUCAAGUCGGUCUGGUCUCCAGACACGCCUGAAACCGCAAGCUCGUUUAGCACCAUUAGAUAUCCUUCAAGCAUAUACUCGCAAGCAUCUAUGGCGCCAGUCAUGGGCCUUGGACUACGAGAUACCGAGGUUCCCCCUGUUCCUGCUGUUCCAGCCAAUUACAAGAGGAUGACAGCGGCACAUCAGCGCAUCAUGGGUAUGGAACGCCGAAAGAACGCGGAGGAGGAAGACGAGUCUGGGACUCCUUGCACACUGUUCGAAGAGGAUGGUGUCACGCCUUUGAAGUCUGCGCUCACUCCCCAGAGUGGACCUGGUUAUUGGGAAUACCAUGUGGUCACACCAUACGAGAGAACCUCUUUUGCGAGCCGGAGAACCCAGAUGUCACCUCUAAAUGAAAGAGGAUAUCAGAUGGCCAGAUCGGCAGAUAAUAAAGGGGACCAGGGUUUAAUGUUGACUCCAAAAUAUAUUGCGAGCCCACAGUCCUGGAAAACCCCCACGAUUCCUACUCCUCGACGGCGGACGCCAUCACCCCGUGGAGAUGUCUCCGAGAUUGCGACUGUAACAGAAUCAGCACGGGGUCCUUUGAAGCACGAUGGGUCAGAUACUCAUGAUAUGGUGCAUGGCCUGGGAAUAACCAAUCUGGCAGCCCACAAUCCGCCUCCGCCGUCAUCGGAGAAACAGGCUGGGAAGGACAUCAAAUAUCAAGCAGUCUUCCCACCGGACCAUCAUUUGCAUACACAGCUCUCUCCAAGAGAAGUGUCAGCUCUGGCUACCCGUUUCUCCGUAUCACCAACCUCUUCGAAAUCACCUAAUGUAGAGAGAGGCUCACGGACUGCUCCACGACAUGUACGUGCGGCAAGCAACUUUCCUCUGCCUGCUCGCCCUGUUGGAACAUCUCUGUCACAGUCACAUGCCGACGAACUAUCGGGUAAGGAACACAAGAUUGAGAGAAAACGACGGCGACAUGAGAAGGAAGAAAUGGUAGCAAGACGAGCCGGUGGCCUCUGGAGAGGUCGAGGUCCGGUGUCAAAGAAGGGUUGUUUUGGCCGCACUGGACCCGAGGGUCGCAAGAAGAGAAGAAUUUGGCUAUUCAUCAUUUGCAUUCUUCUACUUCUCAUCAUUAUUCUGGCUGUUGUAUUGGGUAUCGUCCUUAGCAGACAUCAUGGAUCAGGCAACAAAACCGAAACCUCUGGACAAGACCCGCCCUCUUCGACAUCCCCCUCGACGCCCUCCACUCCGAUACCCUCGUCGAUAUGGGUCAAUCUCACGGACUAUCCUGCCAUGCCAACUGGUGUGUUGACGUUUGUUGGACCGAAUAACACCAUCGCCAAGAGUGACUGCACGGAGCCGUCGACUCUCUGGAGCUGUUCUCUACCGAAAGAUUCCCAGGCGUCUGUGUCUCCUUUCAAGCCAAACCAGCCAACUCUCAUCUUCCAAAUUCAGUGGGACAACAGUACAGAGAAGGCGUGGAACAUUCCUAACGGCGCUCCACCAGCGGCCAUUUCUCAAAGGGACACGAGCAACAGCAACUCUUCCAUAGACGGAUUCAAUCCAGACCCGAGCCCGCCAACUUUCCAAGAGAUGUGGUUCUUGGGCGAGACAACAGAUAAUAUCCAGUCCAGUCAAAAAGCAGGAGAGCCGACACCCUUUUUUAUCAGCGUCCUCGAGUCGGUGAAUGACACGGUCAAGUCGCCAUCUCUGAGCCGACGAGCUACUGCUUCGAACGUCAAUAUUUCGGACAUUAUUCUCCCGCCGGAUUUGCAGAGUGACGGCACCCCUGCGCCUGCCGUGAUGCUCCCCAACCCGGUUCAGCAGCCAGUCCGACUGUUUGAUCGCGGCUUGCCGACUGAGCAUUAUGGGUUCUACACAUACUUCCAACGGACCAUUUUCCUCAAGUCUGUCACUGUUCUCAAAGACUCGGGCCAAGGAAACGUGCCGGUAGAUGAGGACGGUGGCUGUAGUGAAACCGAGGCCAACCAUCUCGUUACCUGGGCCGAGACUCGCAUGCUUGUGCAAAUUUGGACACGGAAGCUGAACAGCACAGGGUCCUUGUUGGCGGCAGAUGGCAGUGAGGGCAUUGAUAACUCACCUGAACUAGUCAAGCCAGGCACAAUGCCGUAUCCGGUGACUGUGACUCUUGACACCCACGGCGGCGAUCCCAACCACAAAGUUGUGUGGGAGUGGCCGAUGGAUGACCGCCAAAAGCUGAACAUUAGCGCUCCAGAUCUAUUAGUCAACAAGAUGGAUGCUGGAGGGACAUGGAUCAACCACCGGGGCAGCGGAAAUGCCAAGUUUGGAGGAUUCGAUGGAGGCACUGGAGGUUGCAACAGGACGAAGCAGCGCUCCCUGGUGACUCUGGCGAUUGAGACGUCGUGCGAUGACACGGCGGUGGCGGUACUCGAAAAAUCGGCGGGAGGGAAGACGAGGCUGCUCUUCAACGAGCGGGUUUCGUCGGACAACCGGGCGUUCAAGGGGAUCCAUCCGAUGGUGACGGUGGAAGGGCACAACACUGCCUUGGGACCGCUGGUGCAGAGGGCGUUGGCGAGUUUGAGAGAGAGCGCGGCAGAGGACGUGAAGAAGAAGAGGAUGGCGAGGAGGAGGAAGAGCAAGGUCAGGGUGCCCGACUUUGUGUGUGCGACGCGGGGGCCGGGCAUCAUGACGAAUCUGGCUGUGGGAUUGAACGUUGCAAAGGGGCUGGCGCUGGCGUGGGACGUUCCGCUGGUGGGCGUACAUCACAUGCAAGCGCAUGCCUUGACGCCGCGCCUGGUUGACGCCCUGGAGGACGAACAAGGAGGAGGAGGAGGACGACGACGAACAUCACCAUCGCCAUCGCCGGCCUUCCCCUUCCUCUCCCUUCUCGUCUCCGGCGGCCACACCCAGCUCAUCCUCUCCACCGCCCUCACAACCCACCGCAUCCUCGCCACAACCGCCGACAUCGCCAUCGGCAACCUCCUCGACCAGACCGCCCGCGUCAUCCUCCCGCCCGCCCUCCUCGAGUCCAGCCCGGACGUCAUGUACGGCCGCCUGCUCGAGGCCUUUGCUUUCCCACCAGGCGCCGACACCCCCGGCGACUACGCCGCGUUCUUCGCGCCGCCGGCGUCGAGGCAGGAGGAGAUUCGCGAGGUUCCGUCUGGCUAUGGGUGGACUGUGCCGCUGCCGUUUCGGAACUCGAGGAAGCUUGCGUAUUCGUUUUCGAGUAUCCAUUCGCACGUCCAUAACAUUGCUGCUGCUGCCGCAAGCAACCGCAACAGCUCCAAACGUCGCGCCCUCGCCCGCCACACCCUCCGCGCCGCCUUCCAGCACCUCACCAGCCGCCUCAUCCUCGCCCUCCAAGACUCGCCCUCCCUCCAGCCCCCCUCAGAACCAAUCAGAACCCUCGUCGUGGCCGGCGGCGUCGCGAGCAACCGCUUCCUCAUGCACGUCCUGCGCACGACGCUCGCCGCAAGGGGCUUCCCGGACAUGCGCAUCGUCGCCCCGCCGCUGGAGCUGUGCACCGACAACGCCGCCAUGAUUGCCUGGGCCGGCAUGGAGAUGUUCGAGGCGGGAUACAGCACCGAGCUGUCCGUGCGGCCGAUUGCAAAGUGGCCCAUGGAUCCGGAUGUUGGUGGCGGGAUACUGGGGGCCGGCGGAUGGGUGAGG